ACGCCGCGUUCCCUCGCUUCGAAGGCUCGCACCCGACUGGAAGCCGAGUCGUCGCGGCGGCGGUUGGGACCACAGCUCGUACAGGAAUGGACAUAUAAGGAUACCAACUUUAUUCAAGGCCUCAAGAAUCCACUUCUUCCUGACCUCUGAAGCCUGUACUGUUCUGUGGAAUUAUUUUCUGCAGAGGCUUGCAGAUGGGUCAAGGGUUGUGGAGAGUGGCAAGGAACCAGCAGCUGCAACAACAGGGAUACGCAGGACAAAACUAUCUUUCCAGGGAGCAUGGUAGAAGGAUGGCUGUUAAUAAUGUUUCAAAUACAAAUCAUCGGAAACACGCCCAAGGAGGAAUUGACAUUUACCAUCUGUUGAAAACUCGGAAAUCAAAAGAACAAGAAGGAUUCAUCAACCUAGAAAUGUUGCCUCCUGAGCUUAGCUUUACCAUUUUGUCAUACCUGAAUGCAACAGACCUCUGUCUGGCUUCAUGUGUAUGGCAGGAUCUUGCUAAUGAUGAGCUUCUGUGGCAGGGACUGUGCAAAUCCACUUGGGGUCACUGUUCCAUAUACAAUAAGAAUCCACCUCUUGGAUUUUCUUUUAGAAAACUUUAUAUGCAACUAGAUGAAGGCAGCCUCACUUUUAACGCCAAUCCUGAAGAGGGAGUCAACUACUUCAUGUCCAAGGGAAUAUUGGAUGAUUCACCAAAGGAAAUAGCUAAGUUUAUCUUCUGUACAAGAACUCUAAAUUGGAAAAAACUGAGAAUCUAUCUUGAUGAAAGGCGAGAUGUUUUAGAUGAUCUUGUAACACUACACAACUUCAGAAAUCAGUUCUUACCAAAUGCACUGAGAGAAUUUUUCAAACACAUUCAUGCCCCUGAGGAGCGUGGUGAAUAUCUUGAAACUCUUAUUACAAAGUUUUCACACCGAUUUUGUGCUUGUAACCCUGACUUGAUGAGAGAGCUUGGCCUUAGCCCAGAUGCUGUUUACGUAUUAUGUUACUCUUUGAUCCUGCUUUCCAUUGAUCUUACUAGCCCUCAUGUGAAGAAUAAAAUGUCAAAGAGAGAAUUUAUCCGAAACACGCGUCGUGCUGCUCAGAACAUUAGCGAAGAUUUUGUUGGGCAUCUAUAUGACAAUAUCUACCUUAUAGGCCAUGUGGCUGCCUAAAAAGCACAGUUUGUUAAGACUUACAAUCUGUUGUUAAAAGAAGUCAGCAACUGAAGGAAUUUUAUCUGUUUUGUAGAUAUGGGGGUUAAAUUAGUGCUGGUCAUUCUAACCUCUUUCUGCAAUCAACAUGUAUACAAGCAACUUUUUUAGCAAUUUACCAUGGAAGCUGAAGAAUUUUUUGCAGUUUUUUAAAACUUUGCUUACAGUUUGCACAGAACUUUGCAAUUAGUCUGACAUAUUACCAUUUCUGAAUGUUAAACUGACAUUAUGGUUUUAAACUGGCAAGUUGGUGGACUUGUGCAGUUGAUUUGCUUGAAAACUUUAACCAGUUCAUUUUUUUUUAAAUACCAUGUAAUAUGUACAUAUUUGACUAAAGAGAUUUAUAACCGUAAUUAUUUUAUUGUAAAAUAUUUUAACUAAAGUUGUUUUUUUCCUGUUUUCUUCCUACUAGAAGAUAUAUUGGAUAAUUUAUUUCUUUAUAUAGCAAGGCUGUUCUAAUUUUAUUAUCUUUGAUAAGAAAAUAUGAUGUGCAUGUUGUACAGAAGUUCACUUCACAGACACAUAACCAGUUAAACUAUAAUAUUCCACGGAGUUUGGAAACCUAUGAUUCUUUGAUGUUGCUGAACUACAAUUCCCAGCAUUCUUCACCAUUGGUCAUGAUGAGUGGGAUUGUUAGGAAUGAUAGUUCAACAGCAUUAGAGAACCACAGGUUCCCCACCCUGAUUCAUAACCACCAAAAUGGAAGACAGGGUAUCAGUCUAUCCUUGUGCCUCAAUAUCUAGUGCCUAAAAACAUUAAAAAAAAACAACAACCAAGGUUGAAUGCUUUUAUUACUGCUGCUGUCUAGAUAUGCUUUCUAACAAUCAAGGUUAUGCAAGAAGAAAAUUUAUUUACUUGCAUCAGUCAUAUUCAUGUUGCCAUAUCUAUGGCAAGAGACAUUCUUUGUGAAUUAGAGUUAGUGACUGGGAUCCAAAGGAUCCAUCCCACAAGCCCUCCCACCACUUUCAGCCCUUUCUUCCUGCUCCCAUGAUAUCCCCAAUGUGCCCUGUAGAUACAGUUCUUCUUUCUUUCCCACUAGUACUUUCUCCUGCCAAUCCUAUAAUUUUUUGUGUAAUAGGCAGUGAAACUUGGCUGUGCUCUAAUUCAGCAUUUGCAAUGCAAGAAGUGGCCCGAGCAGGCAUGGCUAAAACAGUCCUUUGAAUGAGUAAAGGGAAAUUGCCUGUAGCACUGACCCCAACGUUGUUCUCGCUGACAGGUAUAUUUGGUGUCUGUUUCUACAUACCCAUGGGAGUGGUAAUUAUAAGACCAUGGAAUGCCUUCUGAUAUUCUUUUUCCUAUAUAAAUAAAAUAAAUAUUGUCCUUGUUUAAAUUUGCUGAAUCAGUAUGUGAUUGGAUUAAGACACCUUUCAUUGGGGGGGGGGACUCUCAUUGAAAGCUGGUAGGAGUAUAGUAGUUGUUGUGUACUACAGACUGUUUCUGCAUUGGGUUAAACUGUCUGUCAAAAAAAGAAGCCCAGAAGCAAAGAAAUGUAUUCAUGUUCAAAUUGCAGUUCAUGUUACACAUGUAUUCUGUGUAUUAUCUUUAAUAUAGCCAUGUUCAAAGCGAAACAAAACAAAGCUUGUGGUAGAAUCCAGUGUUAAGGCACCAGGAUUUUCCUGUCUCUUCUGAAUCUCCCUCUCAUAACCUUAAUAUCAGGGGAGUGGGGAAAUUUUUCUGUAACCAUGAAUCCACUUUGAUUGAUGGAAGUAUACUAUUGGAUUCCAGCCAUAGUUCCUAACUCCAGGUCUACUGUGAAUGCUUUUCCAAACAAGUUGGAUUCAGUUAUCAAUAAUAGUUUUGAAGAAGAUUGACUAGGACAUUUCUCAAAGUUUAAAAAAGAAUUAAGAAAAUCUGCUGACUGAAAGAUUUUGACUUGAAAAUGGUUAAGAACCUGUGCUCUAAAUGAUGGAUUUGAAAUGCCAUGUAAUAAUGAUACUGUUAACAGUGCUUAAUAAUGUAACUUAAUUAUCACAAUUAUUUUUUCCAAUUACUAAAAUGCCUACAUUUUGUUUCCCAUUUUGAAUUCUGUUCAUUUGUUGAUUGUUGGCUUGGCAAAUCUGAAAUUGGUAUUAUUCUUCAGCCGACAUAAUAUUUUUUUAAAAAAUUAGAACAAGCUGAAAAUUGCACUGCAAAUAUUGGUUGUGGGUUUUUUUGUUGUUUACUUCCUUGUGAAUUGCAAAUGAAGGUUAAAAUGCAGAUUAGUGAAUUAUAAUUCCCCACUACUUAUAUAUUAUUGUUACUUUAAAUAAAUAUUUCACUCAAUAAAAUUUAG